AUGCCUGCUCAUAUCACCGUCCAUUGGUGGGUCUGAACAAUCCAGUCUGCUCGCAAAACGCGGUCUUUACGCGACUGACAUGUGAUUGACGUCACGAACGCCUCCCUCCUCCCACACCCCCCCCCCCCCCCCCUCAUUUCGUUCCAUCUCGUCGGCGUCGGCUUUAGGCUCGAGAACUCGCGCGGGCAACGGAUUCUGUGGUUAUUGGAGGAGGUCAGUCGAGGCACAUCUCGUUUGAGGUUGCGAAUCUGAGUGAAAAUGAGUUGAACGGAGACCUGCCAUGUCCUCAGCUCGGCCUCGAGUACACGGUAAAGGAGUACAAGCGGGAUGCCAAGACGAUGCUUGCUGGUGCGGACCUUCGCAAGGUCCACCCUCUUGGAAAGGCAAGUCAUCUUUCUUAUACGUUGUGCCCAAACGGGAUCGCAUCGAACGAAUGCCUCAUUUCCUAACCUCCCACCCGCGCCACUUCCUCAUCAGUCGCCCGUCGUUGAAAUCCAAGAAGACGGUCACGAUACUUUGACCCUCGCCGAAUCAGGAGCGAUCGUCGAAUACCUCAUCGAAAGAUUCGGCAACGACAAGCUCGGUUAUGCACCUGGAUCAGACGCACAAAAGAGGAGCCAGUACUUGUAUUGGUUGCAUUGGGCCGAGGUGAGUGGGCUGAGUUCUUGGAGCUUAGGAUGGCGGGUGACCGAGACAGUGUAAAGCGAUGGGACAAGGGAAAGGAGUGUUGAAUUUCUCAUGCUUCAUGCAUAUGUCAUCUUUAGGGCUCAGCGAUGCUUCCCCUCAUGCUCGCAAUGUGAGUGCCGCCCGCGCCUCUGUCAGAGCAGUCUGUUCGCUUCCCGGUCUUCGACACUGAUCGUCCUCUCCUCAUGUUUCUCACAGCAUCUGCGCCCAAAUGCCCAAACAAGCACCCUGGAUUGCGAAACCGAUCGUCUCGAUCGUCGCGUCACAGUUGAUGGCGAUCAUGGUCAAGCCUCGCCUCAAGGAAAACUUUGGCUUUGUCGAAUCGCACCUCGCCGACAAGCAGUUCUUUGUCGGGGAUUCGUUGACCGGUUCGGACAGUACGUCACCUUUCUAGCAACCGUUGGGAGGCAUAUACGCUGAUCGGAAAAUCCCUUUCGAUUUUUUUAACUCGCAGUCAUGAUGAUCUUCCCCUGCGAAGGCCUCGCGGCCUCACCGUUGUGGGAUUCCCACCCCAACAUCAAGAAGUGGUUCGAAGCGAUGGAGGCCCGACCCGCUUACAAGAGGGCGUUAGAACGAGGUGCGGCUAAUAACCUUGCGGCUUUCACUAAGUAG